AUUUUAUUUUGUUGCGGAUGUUUUGGGUCCAAUCGAAAAAUCAGGAAACGGGUGUAUUUAGCUAGCUGACUUAAGCCGAGCAGCUAAAUAACCAAAACGAUCAUGAAGAGAGUCACUCUGUUUGUCAACGGAACUUCUUCCAAUGGCAAGGUAAGCAAGUUGCCGAGAAACCUGUCCUAUCCGAUCUCGUUCUAUAUCAACGGCAGCACAGAUAACAUCUCUGCAUAGCUACUGCUGUAGCUAGCUAGCUACAUCUCAUCUGACUACAGUAGGUACGCUAGGUUGCCAGCAGUUUCCUCAUUUGUCAGUGUACAUCGCCAGAUAUGUUGUAUUUUGUCGCAUGGUUGUCAUCAUCUGUAUCUGUGUGCGUCGUGUGUAUUUUGCCGCAGGUUGUGGCGCUGUAUGGAUCACUGACAGACCUGCUAUCCGUCGCUAGCAGUAAACUGGGAAUCCGAGCCUCCAGCGUUUAUAACGGGACAGGCGGUCUUAUAGACGACAUAACGCUCAUAAGGUGAGUUCAAAAUUGGCGACAUAGCAUAACUACUCUGCUAGCUAGGCAGGACAAAGUUAUGUUCACUGCUAACAUUAUCAGCGUGUGUGUGUUCUGCAGGGAUGAUGAUGUGCUGUAUGUGUCUGAGGGAGACUCAUUUGAUGGUAAGUUGACUACAACCUCUCAACAGGUCUGACGGCUCUAUUGGGAGGUACAGUGUGGGAUAUUCUGUGCUUCUGUCUGGGUGGGAUGUAGGUGGGAUGUACUUGCUAUCUGUAUGACUUCCCUCAGAUGUGAGUAAGACAAUGUGUGCAGACCCCCAGGAUGACCCUGGCGGUCCAGACUGGUUCCAGACUCACACUGAUUGGCUGACGCUCAAUGUUGGGGGUUGCUGCUUCACCACCACACGGUAACCAUGACAACCUCACAGUCUCUCUUAACUCCAUUCUAGUGAUGCACAUAACACAUAACAUGUGUGGUGUGUGUUCUCUCCUCAGGAGCACGCUGGUCAGUAAACAGCCAGAGAGCAUGCUGGCCCACAUGUUCAGAGACAAAGGUGAUGACGUCACUCCCACAAUGCACCAUUUUACAUUUACAUCAUUUAGCAAACGCUCUUAUCCAGAGCGACUUACAAAUUGGUGUAUUCAACUUAUGAUAGCCAGUGGGGACAACCACUUAUUUUUAGUUUUUUUAUGGUGGGGAGGGGGAGGGGGGAUUACUUUUAUACUAUUCCAGGUAUUCCUUAAAGAGGUAGGGUUUCAAGUGUCUCCGGAAGGUGGUCAGUGACUCUGCUGUCCUGGCGUCGUGGGGGAGCUUGUUCCACCAUUGGGGUGCCAGAGCAGCAAAUAGCUUUGACUGGGCUCAGCGGGAACUGUGCUUCCGUAGAGGUAGGGGAGCUAGCAGGCCAGAGGUGGAUGAACGUAGUGCCCUCGUUUGGGUGUAGGGUCUGAUCAGAGCCUGAAGGUAAGGAGGUGCCGUUCCCCUCACAGCUCUGUAGGCAAGCACCAUGGUCUUGUAGUAGAUGCGAGCCUCAACUGGAAGCCAGUGGAGUGUGCGGAGGAGCGGGGUGACAUGAGAGAACUUGGGAAGGUUGAACACCAGACGGGCUGCAGCGUUCUGGAUAAGUUGUAGGGGUUUAAUGGCACAGGCAGGGAGCCCAGCCAACAGCAGUAAUCCAGACGGGAGAUGACAAGUUCCUGGAUUAGGACCUGUGCCGCUUUCUGUGUAAGGUAGGGUCGUACUCUGCGAAUGUUGUAGAGCAUGAACCUGCAGGAUCGGGUCACCGCUUUGAUGUUAGCGGAGAACGACAGGGUGUUGUCCAGGGUCACGCCAAGGUUCUUUGCACUCUGGGAGGAGGACACAAUGGAGUUGUCAACCGUGAUGGCGAGAUCAUGGAGCGGGCAGUCCUUCCCCGGGAGGAAGAGCAGCUCCGUCUUGCCGAGGUUCAGCUUGAGGUGGUGAUCCGACAUCCACACUGAUAUGUCUACCAGACAUGCAGAAAUGCGAUUUGCCACCUGGUUAUCAGAAGGGGGAAAGGAGAAAAUUAAUUGUGUGUCGUCUGCGUAGCAAUGAUAGGAGAGACCAUGUGAGGAUAUGACAGAGCCAAGUGACUUGGUGUAUAGAGAGAAUAGGAGAGGGCCUAGAACUGAGCCCUGGGGGACACCAGUGGUGAGAGCACGUGGUGCGGAGACAGAUUCUUGCCACGCCACCUGGUAGGAGCGACCUGUCAGGUAGGACGCAAUCCAAGAGUGAGCAGCGCCGGAGAUGCCCAACUCGGAGAGGGCGGAGAGGAGGAUCUGAUGGUUCACAGUAUCAAAGGCAGCAGAUAGGUGUAGAAGGAUAAGAGCAGAGGAGAGAUAGUUAGCUUUAGCAGUGCGGAGAGCCUCCGUGACACAGAGAAGAGCAGUCUCAGUUGAAUGACCAGUCUUGAAACCUGACUGGUUUGGAUCAAGAAGAUCAUUAUGAGAGAGAUAGCAGGAGAGUUGGCUAGAGACGGCACGCUCAAGAGUUUUGGAGAGAAAAGAAAGAAGGGAUACUGGUCUGUAGUUGUUGACAUCGGAGGGAUCGAGUGAAGGUUUUUUGAGGAGGGGUGCAACUCUCGCUCUCUUUAAGACGGAAGGGACAUGGCCAGCGGUCAAGGAUGAGUUGAUGAGCGAGGUGAGGUAAGGGAGAAGGUCUCCGGAAAUGGUCUGGAGAAGAGAGGAGUGGAUAGGGUCAAGCAGGCAGGUUGUUGGGCGGCCGGCCGUCGCAAGUCGCAAGAUUUCAUCUGGAGAGAGAGGGGAGAAAGAAGUCAAAGCAUAGGGUAGGGCAGUGUGAGCAGGACCAGCGGUGUCAUUUGACUUAAUAAAUGAGGAUCGGAUGUCGUCAACCUUCUUUUCAAAAUGGUUGACGAAGUCAUCCACAGAGAGGGAGGAGGAGGAGGAUUCAGCAGGGAGGAGAAGGUGGCAAAGAGCUUCCUAGGGUUAGAGGCAGAGGUUUGAAAUUUAGAGUGGUAGAAAGUGGCUUUAGCAGCGUAAACAGAGGAAGAGAAUGUAGAGAGGAGGGAGUGAAAAGAUGACAGGUCCGCAGGGAGUCUAGUUUUCCUCCAUUUCCGCUCGGCUGCCCGGAGCCCUCUUCUGUGAGCUCACAAUGAGUCGUCAAGCCACGGAGCAGGAGGGGAGGACCGAGCCGGCCGGGAGGAUAGGGGACAUAGAGAGUCAAAAGAUGCAGAAAGGGAGGAGAGGAGGGAGAAGGAUUUAGCAGAGGGAAGAGAUGAUAGGAUGGAAGAGGAGAGAGUAGCGGGAGAGAGAGAGCGACGGUUGCGACGGCACAUUACCAUCUGUGUAGGGGCAGAGUGAGUAGUGUUGGAGGAGAGCGAGAGAGAAAAGGAUACAAAGUAGUGGUCGGAGACUUGGAGGGGAGUUGCAGUAAGAUUAGUAGAAGAACAGCAUCUAGUAAAGAUGAGGUCAAGCGUAUUGCCUGCCUUGUGAGUAGGGGUGGACGGUGAGAGGGUGAGGUCAAAAGAGGAAAGGAGUGGAAAGAAGGAGGCAGAGAGAAAUUAGUCAAAGGCAGACGUAGGGAGGUUAGUCACCCAGAACUGUGAGGGGUGAGCCAUCCUCAGGAAAGGAACUUAUCAAGGCGUCAAGCUCAUUGAUGAACUCUCCAAGGGAACCUGGAGGGCGAUAAAUGACAAGGAUGUUAAUCUUGAAUGGGCUAGUGACUGUGACAGCAUGGAAUUCAAAUGAGGAGAUAGACAGAUGGGUCAGGGGGAAAAGAGAGAAUGUCCACUUGGGAGAGAUGAGGAUUCCUGUGCCACUGCCGCGCUGACCAGAUGCUCUCGGGGUAUGCGAGAACACAUGGUUAGACGAGGAAAGAGCAGUAGGAGUAGCAGUGUUUUCUGUGGUAAUCCAUGUUUCCGUCAGCGCCAAGAAGUCGAGGGACUGGAGGGUAGCAUAGGCUGAGAUGAACUCUGCCUUGUUGGCCGCAGAACGGCAGUUCCAGAGGCUGCCAGAGACUUGGAACUCCACGUGGGUUGUGCGCGCAGGGAUGGCCUGUGCAGAGAGGAGAGAACAGGGAUAGACAGAUACAGUGGGGAGAACAAGUAUUUGAUACACUGCCGAUUUUGCAGGUUUCCCUACUUACAAAGCAUGUAGAUGGUAUUUGAUGUAUCAAAUACUUAUGUCAUGCAAUGAAAUGCAAAUUAAUUACUUAAAAAUCAUACAAUGUGAUUUUCUGGAUUUUGUCUCUCACAGUUGAAGUGUACCUAUGAUAAAAAUUACAGACCUCUACAUGCUUUUGUAAGUAGGAAAACCUGCAAAAUCGGCAGUGUAUCAAAUACUUGUUCUCUCCACUGUACAUAGUUGACAGGCUACAGAAAAAGGCUACAAUAAUGCAAAGGAGAUCGAAAUGAAAUGAACUAAACAUCUGGGAGAGCGAGAGAUCGGGGCCUCCCUCACUUACGUUUCACUGAAACACUCAAAUAUAACUCUCUCAACUUCCACUUUAGAAAUUAUAAUUGUUGUAAAUAUCUACACACACACACACCACUCACUGCCUGUCUCCUCCACCCAUUAUUCAUGUCCCAAAUUCCUGGUGUGUGUGUGUGUGUGUAGAUGUGUGGGGUAAUAAGCAGGACUCUCAGGGUGCCUACCUAAUAGACAGGAGUCCAGGCUACUUUGAACCCAUCCUCAACUACCUGAGACACGGACAACUCAUCAUCAAUGACGGCAUCAACCCACUGGGUAUGCCACAUACACACAACGUACACACCGGACUUACACACACACACACACACACAAAUAGCUACUUCAUCUCUUUCUCUGUCUCAGGAGUCCUGGAGGAGGCUCGGUUCUUCGGCAUUGAGCAGCUGGCUGAGCAAUUGGAGACCCUGAUCAAGGUUUGUGUGUGUGUGAAUACCGUAAGUGUGCAUGAGGCCUGUCUAUCCUAACUAAACCAUAUUUUCUCCUACCCAGAGUUCCCAGCCCGCUGAUGACCACUCCCCUCUAACCAGGAAGGAGUUUGUGCGUUUCCUGUUGGCCACACCCACCAAGUCAGAGCUGCGCUGUCAGGUAGCAGACACACACACACACCAAAACGUAUCUGUUUUCAGUGGCUAUGAUCUAUCUUGUCUUACACUGUCCUCUUUGAUUGCUCUCUAUCACACACACAGGGUCUGAACUUCAGUGGUGCAGACCUGUCUCGUCUGGACCUGCGCUACAUCAACUUUAAGAUGGCCAACCUGAGAGCUGCCAACCUCACUCACGCCAACCUCAGUGGUGCCAACCUGGAGCGGGCAGACCUGUCCUCAGCUUGCCUCGACGUGAGUGUAAAUGCAUAGUGUUACUAUGUGCGUGUGUGUUUUAGGGGGCUAACCUACAGGGUGUUAAGAUGCUGUGUUCUAAUGCGGAGGUAUGUGUGUGUUUUAGGGGGCUAACCUACAGGGUGUUAAGAUGCUGUGUUCUAAUGCGGAGGUAUGUGUGUGUUUUAGGGAGCUAACCUACAGGGUGUUAAGAUGCUGUGUUCUAAUGCGGAGGUAUGGUUUUGUUUAGGGAGCUAACCUACAGGGUGUUAAGAUGCUGUGUUCUAAUGCGGAGGUAUGUGUGUGUUUUAGGGGCAACCUACAGGGUGUUAAGAUGCUGUGUUCUAAGCGGAGGUAUGUGUGUGUUUUAGGAGCUAACCUACGGGUGUUAAGAUGCUGUGUUCUAAUGUGGAGGUUAUGUGUGUGUUUUAGGAGCUAACCUACAGGGUGUUAAGAUGCUGGUUCUAAUGUGGAGGUAUGUGUGUUUUAGGGGCAACCUACAGGUGUUAAGAUGCUGUGUUCAAUGUGGAGGUAGUGUGUGUUUAGGGAGCUAACUCAGGGUGUUAAGAUGCUGUGUUCUAAUGCGGAGGUAUGGUGUGUUUUAGGGAGCUAACCUACAGGUGUUAAGAUGCUGUGUUCUAAUGCGGAGGUAUGUGUGUGUUUUAGGGAGCUAACCUACAGGGUGUUAAGAUGCUGUGUUCUAAUGCGGAGGUAUGUGUGUGUUUUAGGGGGCUAACCUACAGGGUGUUAAGAUGCUGUGUUCUAAGCGGAGGUAUGUGGUGUUUUAGGAGCUAACCUACAGGUGUAAGAUGCUGUGUUCUAAUGCGGAGGUAUGUGUGUGUUUAGGGGCUAACCUACAGGGUGUUAGAUGCUGUGUUCUAAUGCGAGGUAUGUGUGUGUUUUAGGAGCUAACCUACAGGGUGUUAAGAUGCUGUGUUCUAAUGCGGAAGUAUGUGUGUGUUUAGGGGCUAACCUACAGGGUGUUAAGAUGCUGUGUUCUAAUGCGGAGGUAUGUGUGUGUUUUAGGGAGCUAACCCUACAGGGUUAAGAUGCUUGUUCUAAUGCGGAGGUAUGUGUGUGUUUUAGGGGGCUAACCUACAGGGUGUUAAGAUGCUGUGUCUAAUGCGGAGUAUGUGUGUGUUUUAGGGAGCUAACCUACAGGGUGUUAAGAUGCUGUGUUCUAAUGCGGAGGGAGCGUCUCUGAGAGGGUGUAACUUUGAGGACCCUGCUGGAGUCAAAGCCAACAUGGAGGGUAACACACACACACACAAUUAUUUUGGCCUUGACUCGAACACACACACUUGGAUUGUAAGGACGAGCAAGGUUCAAUACCUGUUCGGUCAUCCUUGGAUUUCUAUUGAUUUAUAUAUUGUGUGUGUUAGGUGCCAACCUAAAGGGGGUGGACAUGGAGGGUAGUCAGAUGACAGGUAUCAACCUGCGAGUCGCCACACUGAAGAACGCCAAGCUGAAAAACUGCAACCUGAGAGGAGCUACACUGGCUGGCACAGACCUGGAGGUAAACACACACACACACACACACUCACAACAGCUCUCAAACAUUGCUCCCUCCCGCUCUCUCUCUCCCCCUCUCUCUCAGAACUGUGACCUGUCUGGAUGUGAUCUACAGGAAGCUAACCUUCGGGGCUCCAACGUGAAGGGAGCCAUCUUUGAAGAGAUGCUGACCCCACUGCACAUGUCUCAGAGUGUACGAUAACCCCACUGCAC